AUGGAACCUGAAGUGGGCAAUGACAAGCUCAGAACGACUGAAGGAGACUCGAGGUGGAAGCACGGCUCAUCGUCCGUGCUUGGGCCAGGAAUCAAGUCUGACGCGAAAAUCUUGACAGAUCUUCAAGACUGCGACUUCGAGCUGACACUCAAGUUCCUAGAGAACUUGAACAGUUGGAGUGAGGCCAAGAACAAACGGGCCUGCAAGCUGCUGUCCAUGGGCGUGAUGGCCAUCGUGGGUCCCACGUCGGCCGCGGGCUCUGCGGCGGUCAGCGCGGUCUGCCGGCGUUCACGGGUUCCGCACUUGGUCACGCUCGGCCAAGACGUGGACGAGGAAGCCGUGCGACAUCCCGACACGUCCGUGUCCGUGCGCCUCUCGCCGGAACAGAGCGGGUUGUCCAGAGCGCUGAGGGACCUGGUCACUCGCAAGGCCUGGAGCACCUUCACGCUUCUCUACGAGGACAGCCAAGCUUUGGUACGACUUCGAGAACUACUGCUGCUGUCUCCGGCCGAGGGUGCUCUUUUCCGGUUACGGCAACGCUCCCCUUUGGAGGACCUGCGCAAGGUGUUCCGUGAGGUUGGACGCAGAGGGGAGUCUAACCUGAUGCUGGACGUGCCCGCAGGACACCUCAGAGAGUACCUAUUCCAGGCACAGCAAGUUGGGAUGCUCACGGAAUACCACAACUACAUCGCAACGUCCCUGGACUUGCACACGCUGGACCUGCGGCACUUUUACUCGUCGCGCUGCAACCUGACGGGGUUCCAGCUCGUCGACCCCGACAAGCCGGGGCUCAAGAAUCACCAGGACGAACGGGUGGUGGCUGGGGCCGACCCGCUGGCCAUGCUGUCCCCGAGGGCGAAGGAGUUCCAGAGGAGCGUCAAGUCCGACGCAGCCCUGGCGCACGACGCAGUGUUGUCCUUCGCCCGGGGACUACAGGCUCUGAGCCGAGCCCGCAGCCUGGAACCCAAGCACGGAGCCACGUGCGACCCGGGAUCCACCCCGUGGGCCUACGGUCUCUCGCUCGCCACGCAGAUCAAAGCCGGAUCCGUGACGGGCCUCAGUGGAAGAGUCCAGUUCGACAGCUUCGGAGCCCGAACCAACAUCUCCUUCAAUCUCGUGGAACUCAAGGACGUGGGACUGAGUCGAGCUGGGACAUGGGAUGCAACACGUGGCAUCCACUACCGCCAAAACUACAGCUCUCUUUACCAGGAGGUUGCCCUGUCGCUACGGAACAAGACAUUCCGCGUUACCACCAUUCUCAGCGAGCCGUACGUGAUGCUAAAAAGCGGCUCUAAGACCACUGCGUCGGAAGGCGAUCGUCUGGAGGGCUUCUGCAUCGACCUUCUUCGCGAGAUGGCGCUGCUGCUGGGCUUCCGCUUCGAGAUUCGCUUGGUGCGUGACAGCGCGUACGGGGUCAGCAACGAGCACGGCGAGUGGAACGGACUCGUCCGAGAAGUGAUGGACAGGGAGGCGGACCUGGCCAUAGGCGACCUGACCAUCACCCUAGCCCGGGACCGCGCCGUCGACUUCACCCUGCCCUUCAUGAACACGGGUAUCGGCAUCCUGUACCGGAAGCCCGCCCAGGACUCGCGGCUCUUUUACUUCCUGCUGCCACUGUCCCUGGACGUCUGGCUGUGCGUGCUGGGAGCCUACCUAGGCACCGGCGCCCUGCUCCACCUGGUGGCCCGCAUGGCGCCGCUUGAGUGGCGGCAGCCGGAGCAGCGGCAGCACAGCGCCAAGUGCGACUGCGACCGCUCCCUGACGGACAAGCCCCGGAACGUGUUCAGCCUGUACAACAGCCUUUGGUACACCACCACGGCGCUGCUGUAUCAGAGCUGCGAGACCAAUCCCAGGGCGGCCUCCACGCGACUGGUGGCCAUCACCUGGUGGCUCUUCUCGCUGGUCAUCGUGUCCUUCUACACGGCCAACAUGGCCGCCUUCCUGGUCAACGAGAAGCUCAAGUUUCCCAUAGAAAACGUCCACGACCUGGCGCGACAGUCCAAGAUACAGUACGGGUGCGUCUUGUCCGGAUCCACGGCGGCGUUUUUCAAGGAAUCGAAACUUGAGCCUUUCGAGAAGAUGUGGACGGUGAUGUCGAGCUCUCCGGGCGAAGUGCUGACAGCGUCGAACGCCGAAGGUGUGGAGCGCGUGCUGCGCGGCAACUACGCCUUCUUCAUGGAGUCGUCCACCAUCGAGUACCUGGUGGACCGCGAUUGUCGGUUAGCCCAGAUCGGGGGGCCGCUGGAUUCCAAGGGGUACGGCUUUGCCCUGCCCAGAGGAUCGCCGUACACACCGCACCUCUCCUCAGCCAUCCUGCAGCUUCAAGACAGCGGCGUCCUGCAGAAGCUCAAGAAGCGCUGGUGGACGGGGCACUGCUCAAGUCAGGAGUCCAGCAAGGUGGACUCGGGCGAAGAGGUGAACGCCCUGAGCGUCUCCAAUGUCGGGGGCAUCUUCUUGGUGCUCCUCGGCGGCCUUGGCGUGUCCAGCGUCAUCGCUAUCCUGGAGUUUGUCUGGAAGACGCGUCCCUCCAAUGUCAAACACUCGUCUCCGGGCAGCUGUGCCCUCAAGGAAAUCUCUCGAGAGGAAUCGAAGACGUCCUUGAGCAACCAGUCCAUGUCCGCGGAGAACGCCAUCUCUGUCCUGCCGCCGACUGUCCUGAAGGUGGACAUCGUGGACACGGCCGACGCGCAGCGUCCGGACGUGUCCUAGCAGUACGCCGGGUCACCAGAUGUGCUUGCGACUGCCACGCACAUCCCAGAGGCCUUCUGGUGACUCGCUGCUCUAGGACACGAUGCUUUCCUGCCGCCAUAGGACUCUGUUUACCAAAGAAAUCGAUCGUGUGUGCCACCGCAAUGCCGGACAUUCUGCGGAAAAGCUCCUG